AUGGGUACUUUGAAGUUUUCCGAGGGCCUCUGGGACACUUGGGUGAAACUCCCGGGCGAGGAUGAAUUCAAGAAGGUCGAGGAGAUCUACCGCAAGUGUGGUUACCCGGGGGCGAGCUACACGUCGCUGGUGGUGGAGUGCACGUGCGACCAUUCUGGCCGCAUCAUCGCGGCAACCAAGACUUACCCGGGAGCCGAGAACGACAAGACGGUCAUCGCACGGGACAAGUCCAUCUGGCGAAUACGAGAUGAGGAGCAGUGGAAGAGUUAUUUUACAAGUUCGACCUCUCUCUACAACGCCGACGGCACGGAGACGGAGUACACAGGGGCGUGGAUCAUCGUGGACGGGGGGUACCCGAAGUCCUUGGAGACAGAUCACGUUAUGUCGACAAAGUUCGCAUAA